UCGACAGCGGCAGCACUCAUCCUGUUGAGUUGCCCUCCAGCCCGAGUCACAUGACGUCAGACCAGAAUCCAGCUGAUCUACAGUUGCAGUUAUCGCUUGGAGCACUGGGUCCUCCUGGAUACUAUUACUUCUACCAGGCCGGAGAAGAUGGGGUGCUGCUUUAGUAAGGAGCUCAACCGUGGGCUGCCAAGCGAGAGGAGCAGUCUGUUACAGCCCCCGCUCCACGAUGGGCUAAAUGAAGUGACAGACCAGGUCAGGCAACACGCUGCAGCUGUAGCUCAGCAUGUGUGCUUGGACGAAGAGGAGACAUGUGCGGCAGACGGACUGGCCCAGAGGAAGACAGCGGAAGAUGAGGAAAGACAUCCAGGACUGGACAACAAAGUUUGGACAGAGGGGGCCGCGGUUAGCAGGGACAGCACCACGUGGAGUAAGAGGGAUCUUAAAGCAGCCAGCACUCACGAUGAGAAGGGGGCUAUUAUUAUCUCAACCGGCACAAACAUGCAUACAAACACGGACACAGAGUCAGGCAUGACACAUACUGCCAGGCCCAGCUGUGGCCCGGCUCCGUAUAAGGAGGUGCCCACACGGAGUCCAGCCAAACAGAAGAUUUUGGAGAAUGCCACACUCAGGGCUUUGUGGUUCAAUCAGCUCCCAGAUGGGAAGAAGCACAAACAAGCACAAGCAACAAAAUGUUGGUCAGCUCACGCCAGGUUACCGUCUCGCUCUGCUAACUGCCGGGGCGACAUCACAGAGAGUGAGGUGUCAGAUGACCAGCCACCACUCAGCGUGUGUGAGAACACACUGCGGGAUUCCCCUGAAGCUGAGCACAAGGAAGAGGAAGAUGAGGAAGUCUGUGUCGUCACAACAUCGCUGUGUCAAGGUUUCGAAACAAGGACCCGGAGCUUCUACAGCAUAUGUUCCAUCGAUGCAGAUGACCUUGAACAUGACCACAUCCACAGCCAAACCCAAACAGCUGGAGCAACACACUCUCUGCAAGCAGCUGAAGUAGAAACAGCUGCUCUGCCCUGCAUAGUGGAGUCUCCGGUCUCCAGCCAAUCACACACAGAGGCAUCCACAGUCUGCCACCAGUUGUAUGUAACACAAUCUAGAAUGACCAUCCAGUCACACGAUGAGGAACUAGCUUCAGUGCAAUCGCAUGCUGAAGGACAGUCUUCCACCGUUCUUAAACAGACACACUCAGACAAUUCAAUUUCAGCAGAGGAGACCACCUUACCUCAUCCUGUUGUAUCUCCACAGCGGGAAGACCCUCCCUGUGAAAUGCUGCCCCUGUCCCACAAUCAAAUAAACUGCAAGGAACCUCAGCCUGAAGAUCUAAAUUGCCAGACAGCUGCAAAGGACAAAGAUGAAUCCAAGGAUGACAUGUUGAUGAUGUCACACACAGAUCAAAGUGCAUGGGUGGAGGAGGAGGCAGUGGAUGGAUCAGAGGAGAUGGAGAGUAUGUGUUUAGUGGAAGAGAGUGUGUACUUGAGGGACCACAGAGCAGAGGAAGAGUUGGAUCAGAGUGUGGGUUCUGACUUUAAUCCUCUGGACGAUAAUCUGCAUGGGUCUCACCUGUUAAUAGAGCAGCACAUCCAAAGUUCACAACCAGCAACUGAAACUCUUGAACUGGAUACUUCCAGCCCCAGUUCUUCAAAGUUUGACCUCAACGUCAAACCUCUGCAGAAGGAGGAGGUUGUUUUGCCUCAGUCUGGAGGACAGAUUGAAAUGGAUAAGCCCUCCCUACAGAGCGAGGCUAUCCCUGUGAGUAUCUGCAGAGGCCACUGUGAGGAGGAUGAUGAUGUUGGUUACAGCGGAACAGCAGAUACAACUCUCACCGAGGUGUCCUCCGUCUCCACCAUCUCAGCUGUGUCAUCGCUGACCAUUGAAGUGACUGCCUUCUCCUGCCACACAAAUCUGCCACCUCUCUCAGACAAACCCACAUCUCAGUGUGACUCCAUCACAUCCGAGAAAUUAGAUGUCAAUUCAAACGAUCCAACAUUUGAAUUGAGCAGUGUUAAGCCUCCUAGUCGAGAUGUUAAAGCUGCAUUCACUGAAUCUGAGCAUAGUGAUGCCAGGGUUGAUGACUACGACAAACAGCUUGACAGUUCUGAUGUGAAAACUGAAGGCGUCAGGGUGUCUCAUAGAAAUGCCUCUUGCGAGACUUUUCAGGAUGUCCUUAUGAGCGGAGAUGACAGACAGGCUGUCCAAAAAACAGAAGUUUGUCAGGACAACAAACCUGUUGAGAGAGGUGAUGUUACAGAUGUGUUACCUGAAGCUCCUACUUCCUGCACUCCACCUCCUUCUUCCAUAUCUCCAUGCACAUAUCCUGAGGAAGCAGAGCAUAGUUUCUGUCCAGAGACUGAAGCCGAUUCUACUGAGAGUGGAUGCAGAAAAAUACAACUCAAGUUAAACCCACCAGAUAAAGUAUUUAUUCAUGCAUGUGAGGAAGGAGAAAAGACAACAGCUGCACAGGAGACUCAGAUUGAUCUGCCAAUCAAGCAUGAAUCUGCAGAUACAGUAGAACAGCACCCCCACGCUCCUCAAACUGCCUCUGAACUUGUUUCCGCUGACUGUAUGAACCCCAAAGUCGACAUCAGCCUGCAGCAUGACACUGCUGACUGUUUACUUCAACCUGGAGAUUCAUCAAAUGGAAUUUACUCAGAGACACCUGCACUUGAAAUGGAUUUUCCUCCAGAAACACUCAAUAUCUCAGCCACUGAGACACCAUCCCAAAGCAGUAUCUGUGACGACUUGUAUGUGAUUCCUAAUGACUUCAGCUGUCCGGAUGAUAAAGCCUCAGUUUUGGACUGCCAGGAGGACCACACAGUGAUCUCUGUGGACCCAGGUCAGAUUGAUGUUUAUGCCUCAACUCCAUCAUACGAGAUUCACUUCCUGGGUCCCGAGUCGUUUGCAACUGCUGAGGAGGGAGAGAGAGAAGGGGGGAUGAGGGAGAUGGUGUCUGAGCUGCUGGGAGAGGAUGCAGACUCGUCUAUCUGCCGCCUCUAUCCCCACCCCUGGAUCAAACUGGGUCUGGAGCAGACCUGUGGGGUGUGGGCCCAAGGCGAGUCCAAUGUCGAGCCCAGCCAGAGUGAGAACAUGGUGGGCAUUGACGUGGAGCAGAUCCCGGCCUUGGUCUCAGAGCUCCAGCCGUCUAUGGCUCUGCUGGGAGCGUACCCCUACAGCACAGUGAUGCCUCAGGGACCCUGUGUGUGGGACUGGCACACAGAUUGCACUCAGUCUGGACCUGUUGCUGCCCCGAGCCUUAACCCUGAAGCUGAGGUAUGGACCAAUCCCAACCUUUACCUGGACGUCCCUGGCCCCGCCUACCUGCAAGCUCAGCAGCCGUGGCUGCAAUACCCCAACGAUCUGACCAAUCAGGAAGGAUACGAGCCAGAGUUCCAGCUGGAGAACAUGAGCCUGGCUCAGGCUGUGGUUGAGACAGAUCCCAGCACAGCGGAGUACCAGACGCUGCCUGUGGAAGCGGCUGUAGUUAAUGGAGAGCCCAUCGACCCGACUGUCACAGAUGAGACCAGAGAAGAGCUGAGGACAGUUUUGGAGACCUGCCUGACCAGGGAGCAUCUUGGCAACGACCUGUACCUCAAUUCUCAGAUGGACAGUGACCAGUAUGUUUCCAUCGCUACUCUGGCCAGCCUCGACAAGAUCAAGAGUCUCAGCACAGACCUGGACCUCAUCUCCGACAUUUUGAAAUCCCUGCCGCUGGUCCAGGUGGCUCCGUGUGGACAGAAGGUCAGGCCGAGUCAGAGUCGAUGUGUCGUUAUUCUGCGUGAGAUCCCCAACACCACACCUCAAGAGGAGGUGGAGGCUCUCUUUGACGGAGAGGACCUUCCCAAGUUCCUGAGCUGUGAGUUUGUGAGCAACGAUAACUGGUUUGUCACUUUCAAUUCGGAAGCUGACGCACAACAGGUCUACAAGUACCUCAGAGAAGAUGUUCGGGAGUUUAAGGGAAAGCCGAUCAUGGCGAGGAUAAAGGCCAAAACCAUGGCAGUCACUUCCUUCGCUCCAAAAAAUGGCUUCAGACCCGCCCAGCUGGACCAGAGCGGCAAUCCUUACAGCUCCUACUUCCCCCAAACCACCUACCAGCAGCCCUGCCCCACCCAGCAGCUGUAUGAUUUCACCAAUGAGGUGUGGACUUCGGCUGCGACAGGAUACCAAGAAUGUGCUGAGCAGCAUCAAACAUUGAUGAAUGACUUCAUGAAUGGAUUCUCCAACUUCAAACCUUACAACCCCCACAGGCAGAGAAGAGGCACAAGGUGGUCAAACUCUGGAGACCGUUGGAAGACCAAUCAGAAUGAUUCCUCACAGCCAUCAGAGCAGGCAUCAGUGGAGCGCUCCUCUCCUCCGGGUCGAGGGCGGUCGCGGGGCAACAUGCGCCGUCCGAGCAGAGGUGGAAGGACGGAGCCCAACAGGCAAAAUAUGUCGCCCACUUCUGAUCGGGGAAGGAGAGGAAACUUCAGCCAGAGGAGGAGAGAGAAUGCGAGGUCAUGGGAGAAAUCAGCUGGAAACAGUCGUAAUGCAGUGCCUCCUCGUGAACCGUCUCCUCCUCCUGAGCUCGGGCUGACGAGCUUCCCUCCUCUUCCUCCACCAAACGCUGCCAUAGAAACGGUACCUGCGGCUAACGGCAACGUCAAGGGUCCAGUGAAAAGCAGCAGCCCCUGUGCAUCAGUGCCAACAUUGUCACAAAAGCCUCAGCCGACUGUAGAGCAGAAUGUGAAGGAGUGCGCAGAGACGACCAGUGAGGCCAAACCAGCUCCACUUCCACAGGAACCAGUCACAGAGUCCAAGAGGCCAAGCUACGCCCAGAUCUGCCAGAGAGCAUCAUCCAAUGAGCCGAUGCCGCCCGCUGACCUCGCCUCUUCAGAGGCAGAGCGCAUCCCGACCUUUCCGGGCCAGGCGUCCCAACCAGCUCUGUUGCCACGAUGAUCAUAUUGGGUGGAGAAAAAGACACUUUUCUUUGUCUUUUUAAAGGUGUCAUAUAAGCUGAAAAUGUAUUCUUGUAGUGUCCUUUGAUCAAAGCAGCUGCUCAUUUACUACGAGGAGGACUCUGUGUGUGCAGAGUGAUGUGGUGUCACUCACAGUGCAGGAAGAUACUGCAUUUAGCAACAAACAGCCUUUAAAAGGAACUCAAUUUAGCUCUAGAUCUAGAAACGUAUCCCUUCAUAAAUGGAGGGGGUCUGCUGGCCGGUUUAGGACAGGAUGGGCCAGUGUAGGUCUGGGGUCGCAACCUCUCAGUUUUAGUGCUUAGAGCGAAAGCUGGAAAGUAUUUGUAAAUGUUGAUCUGCAACUUUACGUUAGUUUUAUUUCUUGGUUUGUAUUUCAGACGAGAGCCAGGUUUUGAUUUCUUCUUGUUUAGCAGACGGCACUGGCUCUUCUUCUCCUGCUGUUUGUGUGUGUUUGAUGUUUUCUCGCUGUACAGGAUGUUCCGCCAUGAUUUUGUUUUCCAUACAUCUGUGUUAUUCUUGAGUCCACAGGGCCGCAGUGGGCACACAUGAUGCUGUUUCUCUAAAUAUUAGUACUAGUCACCAAGUUUGUUUCAUUGGUAAGAUGUCCAAGCCUGUAAUGAUCCGAGGUCCAGUGUGUGUUAGUGAGUAUCGGAGGAUCACGCCUCUGUAUUGAGUUGAUCUUGAUAUUCCAGGAAUCAAAUUGAACUUGAAAGUUUGUUCCUCUUGAAAAGCACUGAAUAUUAAUACUUUAUCUCUGCAUGAGUUUUUUUUAAUUUCAUUUUAGAUUUUAAUUUGUCAUUUUUUAUUUAUGUUGGAUAGGAGUGCUUCUGUGUGUUGAAGCUUUAGUCUCGCCUGUGUUGAGUAAGAAGUGUUGUUACUGUGUGUCCAGUGUGUUGGACACGGGGGGGCUGGAUGUGCUCCUGGCUGUGUGUAGUAGUUACUCUGUCCAUAAAUGAGCACCGUUUCAGCACAAACAACUUUGAACUGUAUAAGUCGUCCAAUGAUCUUUUGUUUAGAAUUCACCAUUUUAAAUGUAAAACAGUUGUCAUGGAGACAGAGCGGGCAUGGUUGUGGCACAUGUUAUUUUGUUUGUACAGAUGUACAUAUUUUGAACAAAUAUUAAAGUGCCUUUAAAGUUAAAAAAUAUUAGUUUGUUAUGUGUUAAAUAUGCAAAAGCUAAAUGGUCUGAUCAAUCAAAGCUUUGCUUCUUCUUUUUUUCCUGUUACAUAUUUGUGUAAAAGCCUAAAAGUCCUUCUGCUGCAGACCCAGACCCAGACCCAGACCCAGACUCGGCACUGCCUGAGUUCACACCCUCUGUUGUGGUUCUUUGUUGUCACCAGCAGAUGGCAGAUGAGUCACAGUAUAACGGUCAGUUCUGCAUUAUGUGGGCCCACCACUUGUUUACAAUGAGGAUGAUUAGAUUCCUGGAAGGCUAUAGUCCUAAUGA